ACAUUCCGCGGUCACACCACGUCAUUUUCGUACGCUGCAACCACCCGCGCACAACUGAAUACGAGUAUAAUAUUAUUAUAUUAUACACAUACACCGAAACGUCCAGCAACCGCACAAAACAUUAAACGUCACGCACGUCUGGACGGCUAAAUAUCGAUUUUCAAUCAUCCGCUAAUAAAUCGUUCGUGUCAAAGUCCAAAGGCCUUUGCCGAAAACCUCAACACCACCAGCCGCAUAUAAUAUUAUACAUACAAUAUUUAUCGUUGCACGGCCGUUUGCGAAUCGCUCGACGGUCACUGCAAAUAAUAUAACGUUUAUAAUAUUAUUAUACAUUUUCGCCACGACGUCCAUCACCACCAUGCGCACCUUUUUGUUGUUGGCCGUGUUCAUGUUGUGCGCGUGCAUCGCCGUCGGCCAAGUGAACUUCACGCCGACGUGGGGCCAGGGCAAGAGGAACGCGCCUGCAUCGGACGAGUGCAAGUCCAUGGACACGCUCAUCUACAUAUACAAACUGGUGCAGAAUGAAGCGCAGCGGAUCGCAAUGUGUGAACGAAUGUCCAUCACGUCUUGAACAGCUACGGUUGCAAGAGAUGACCACCGCCAAUAUACCAUACGCCAGCCAUAGAUCAUUAACAACGGGACUUAUACUAUGAUACUCCGUCAGCUGAAAUGUUAAAUUUUUACUUUUAGUCACACUAUUAAGAUGGUAAUAAUAAUAAUAUAAAAUUCUACCAUUAUCAAUUAUUAUAUCCACUUAACUUAUUAUUAUCCAUCAACCACUGUUUUGUUUAUUUUCGAUAUGUUUUAGACAAUAUUUUAGUUUUUUGUAAAAGAUCUAUUCAAAAUGCAUUGCUUUCUGUAUUAAAA